GUUUUUGAAGUUACAUUCAGUCCUGUUAUGAAGUCGUGCUCUAUGUAAGUGUAACAACAAUAAUUUGUUCAAUAGAGCGAAUUCUGCAAAAUACCCUACACAACGUGUUGUAACGCUGCUCUCGAGUGCCUCGAAGCUAGCAGCUAUCUGGAAGCUCCACCUCCAGUAGUGGUUGUUGGACAGAAGGCUACCCUCAAUGGAUGCUCGAAGCGGGAGUCGGACGAGCUGAAUUGCACGCUGGCAGGAACCGCUGGUCGAGGGGGGAGCGACUGGUUUUUGCUGUCUUAAAAUCGUGGAUUUGUUCAUUUGACCUUACUGACGGCUACAGUCAGAUAACUGCAUCAUGAAUCCAACCAAGGAAUACACAUUUCAACCUGGGGAACCCGUCUUCGCCAAGAUGAAGGGGUACCCUUUCUGGCCUGCUAGGAUUGGUGAAGGCAAGGGGCCCAAGAACAAGUUGCCAAUCUUCUUCUAUGGCACACACCAGACAACCUUCUUGCUCCACAAUGACGUCGUUCCCUAUUGGCCGAACAAAGAGAAACACAACAAGCCAAUCAAGAAGGGAGGAUUCCCAGAAGGAAUGUGGGAAAUUCAACAUGAUCCGGCAGUGGGCCUCAAAGGACCAAAACGGGUGUCUCUGCUGAGCAGGGUUGAGCAGAUGCGCAAAGCUCAGAAGAGAGCUUUCCCCCCUGGCUCCACAGACUCCUCCUCUCAGCCCCCUGCCAAGAUAGCGAAAGAAGACCCAUCGACAUCUUCAUCAUCAGCAGCAGCAGCAGCUAAGACACCUUCUGCUGCUGUUAAGCCGCCUUCUGCAGCGACAACUGCAGCAGCAGCCAAGCCGUCUUUGGCCGCACCACCUGCAGCUACGGAGUUGAAAACGCCCACGAGAUCCGCAGUCACCAGACAAAGAAGCAGCACGCCCACACCCACGGCCACGGCCACACCCACGGUCGCCUCCACUGCCACUCCGAAAACCUUUACCACUCGGCGCUCUUCCGCUUCUGCUUCCUCAGACGUAACCUCACCGCUUCCUUCGGCUUUGGCGCCGUCUCAUGAAGCCACUCCCACUCAGAAGUCCUUGCGCUCCGCUGCCACCACGCCGGCCCCCCAGCAGACCACAGAGUCGCUGUCGGACCGAAGGACCCGCAGUACUCCCAGAGCCGCCACGCCCACAAACAAAACAAACUCCGCCCAGAAAAUGUCUUCCCCUCCCCCGAAAGCCGCUCCAUCAAAAGUUGGUGACAAGCCAGCUAAGGCAAACGCCACACCUGCCAAGGCUGCCCCUGCACCGGUUGCCACCCCUACAAAGACUACCCCAACACCGGCUGCCACCCCUGCAAAGACUGCCCCUGCACCGGCUGCCACCCCGGUAAAGACUGCCCCAACACCGGCUGCCACCCCGGUAAAGACAACCCCAACACCGGCUGCCACCCCGGUAAAGACAACCCCAACACCGGCUGCCACCCCUGAAAAGACUACCCCAACACCGGCUGCCUCCACUGCAAAGACUGCCCCAACACUUGCUGCCACCCCUGCAAAGACUACCCCAACACCGGCUGCCACCCCUGCAAAGACUACCCCAACACUGGCUGCCACCCCGGUAAAGACUACCCCAACACCGGCUGCCUCCACUGCAAAGACUGCCCCAACACUGGCUGCCACCCCUGCAAAGACUACCCCAACACCGGCUGCCACCCCUGCAAAGACUACCCCAACACCGGCUGCCACCCCGGUAAAGACUACCCCAACACCGGCUGCCACCCCGGUAAAGACUACCCCAACACUGGCUGCCACCCCGGUAAAGACUACCCCAACACCGGCUGCCACCCCGGUAAAGACUACCCCAACACCGGCUGCCACCCCGGUAAAGACUACCCCAACACCGGCUGCCACCCCGGUAAAGACAACCCCAACACUGGCUGCCACCCCUGCAAAGACUACCCCAACACCAUCAGCAACACCGGCUGCCACCCCUGCAAAGACUACCCCAACACCAUCACCUACACCUACACCUACACCAACAACACAAGCUCAUGUCAAAGUACCUCAGGAAGCCAUCUCAGAGCAGAAAGACACGCCCUCUCAGGGAGACGCGGCGAAUCAGAAGGCCAAACCUGCUCAAGAAGCCACACCCAUUCCACAGGCCACACCUCCCCUGGCGACGGCAGCGGGACAGGAAAGGCUUCAGGAAGCCUCCAAGCCGCCUCAGGAGGUGUCCCAGUCGAAGAAAGACCAACUCAAUGUUGACGCACACAAGCAGCUUCCUCAGAAGAGCAUUGAACCUGCUCCUGCAGAAAACCAACUUGACGUUGGUGCAACCCCUCAGGUUCCUCAGAAGAGUAGCGAACCUAGUCCUACAGAUGAAUCUCAGGAAAAGGAGGACAGGAAGCGAAGGAGAGAAAAGAAGGAGGAGAAGCAAGAAGAGGAGCCUGAGGCCAAACAGAAAAAGAGUGAUGCGGUCACACAAAGCCCCUCAAAGGAUAAGACGAAAGUCUCUGCAGUGCUUAAGUCCCUUCACCAUCUGGUACAUAGUCGAGAGGUGAGGAGAGGCCAGAGGGACAAGGAAAAAGGAGCGCAAACGGAGGAGAAGAUGGAGGGCAAGAGUCAGGAAGAGCUGGAGAGUCCGAAGGCUGACAAAAAAGGGGUCCCAACAGAAUGCAAAGCAGAGACACAAAAAGAGGAGGAGAGAAGAGAGGCUCCUAAAGUGGACAAGAAUCAACAAUCACAAGUGGAUGUUCCGAAAGAGGUCAAGGAAGUUCCAAAUGAAAAGAAGAGAGAGCCUCCGAAAGAGAGCAAGACUGAUGUACCAACUCAAGAAAAGGUGGUUCAAAAACAGGACAGGAGGGAGAUGGUGAAAGAUGACAAGAAAGAGGGGCCGGCAGAGGUUCCAAAGGUAGACAAGAAAGAACUUCGAAAAGAGGAGAAGGCAGAGGUACCAACACAACAUAAGGAAGUGCACAAAACGGAGAAGAGAGAAACUGUGAAAGAGGACAAGAAACAGACAUCCUCAGAAGCCAAUGAGGUUCCAAAGGAAGAGAAGAGAGAACUUCGAAAAGACACCAAGACAGAUGAAUCAGCUAAACAAAAGGAGGCUCCGGAGAAGAAGCAGGAAACAUCAGAUGCCAAGGAGGUUCCAAAGGAGGGUAGGAGAGAACUUCGGAAGGAGACCAGGCAAGACGAAUCAAUGCAACAGAAGGACGUUCAGAAAGCACAGAAGACCGAAACUGCGAAAGAGGACAAGAAACAGGUGCAGAUAGAGGUUCCGAAGGAGGAGAAGAGAGAACUUAAUAAAGAUAACAAGGCAGAGGCAUCAACGUUACAGAGGGAGGUGCAGAAAGAAAAGAAAGAAACUGUGAAAGAUUACAAGAAACAGGCACAAUCAGAGGUGAAGGAGGUUCUGAAGGAAGAGAAGAGAGAACUUAGGAAAGAAAACAAGACUGAGGUAGCAACACAAAAAGAGGAGAAGAAGGAUGCUCCAAACGAGGACAAGAAAUUGGUGUCAGAGCUUCCCAAGGAGAACAGAGAACUUCGGAAAGAAACCAGAACAGAUGUAUCGACGCAACAAGAAGAGGUACAGGGAUCGGAAAAAAGAGAGACUGUGAAAGAGGACAAGAAACUUGUCCCGGCAGAGGUUCCAAAUGAGGAGAAGAGAGAACUUCAUAAAGAGAGUAGAUCAGACAUAUCAACACAACAAAGAGAGGUUCAGAAACCGGAACAGAAGAAGCAGACUCUAGAGGAAAAGAAGGCUCCAUCAGAUAUCAAAGAUGUUCCAAAGGAGGACAAGAGAGAACUACAGAAAGAGGGCAGAAUAGACACAUCAACACAACAAAAGGCGGUACAGAAGCAGGAGAAUAAGGAGGGUGUUCAGGAGAAGAAGGCAGCACCAUCAGAGGCUAAAGAGGUUUCAAAGGAGGAUAAGAGAGAACUUCGGAAAGAGACCAGAACAGACACAUUAACACAACAGAAUGAGGCGCAGAAAACUGAAAAUAAAGAGACUGUGAAAGAGGACAGGAAACUGGUCACAACAGAGGUUCCAAAGGAGGAAAAGAGGGAACUUCGAAAAGAGACAAGAACAGAAGUAAAAACGCAACAGAAGGAAGUGCAAAGACCAGAGAAGAGAGAGACUGUGAAAGAGGAUAAGAAACAGACACCAGCUGAGAUCAAAGACAUUCCAAAAGAAGAGAAGAGAGAACUUAGAAAAGAGAGCAAAACUGAGGUACCGAUGCAUGAAAAGGAAAAGAGGUUGACUCCAGAAGAAGCGGACAAGAAACAGGUUUCAACUGAGGUUCUAAAGGAGAAGAGAGAACUCAGGAGUGAGAACAAGAGUGAUGCAGCAACACAACAGAAGGAGGUCCAACAGCAGAAGAAGAAUCUAACUGUGGAGGAGAAGCAGGCACCAUCAGAAAUCAAGGAGGCUCCGAAGGAGGACAAGAGAGAACUUCGGAGAGAGACCAGGACUGACACGUCAACACAACAGAAGGAGGCGCAGAAACAGGAGAAGGAGAGAGUUCAGGAGAAGAAGCUGCCACUAUUAGAGGCCAAGGAGGUUCCAAAGGAGGACAAGAGAGAACUUCGCAGAGAGACCAGAGCAGACACGUCAACACCACAGAAGGAGGCGCAGAAACAGGAGAAGAAGCCGGCACAAUCAGAGGUCAAAGACGCUCCAAAAGAGGAAAGAAGGGAGCUACGCAAGGACAAAGUGAGUGAGGUGCAAAAGGAGGCCCAGAAAGAGGAGAAGAGAGACCUCAGGAGGAAGGAGGUGGUACCGACGAUAGGGAAAGUGAUGAAGAAGGAGGAGAAAAGAGAACAUCGAAGCGACAAUAAGAAGGAGGCGUUAACGGAAGAGAAGGUGGAAGAAAAGAGGGAGCUCCGAAAAGAUAAGAGAGAGGCACCCGUGGAGGCGAAGGUGAUUGAAAAGGAGGAGAAGAGGGAACUUCGGAAGGAGAACAAGGUGGAGGUGCAGACGGAAAAGAAGGAUGUCUCAAAACAUGAGAAGAGUGAACCUCUAAAAGCAAAGACGGAUGAGGUCAUCAUACCGAAGAAAGAGGACAGAAAGGUUGGCAUUAAAAUAGUCACAGACUCAGUCACUGAUUCCCGACUGCACAGGCUCCAUGGAGAGAUUCGAAUCUCCUUAACAGUUGGUAACACGGACGUGGGUAAGUGUGUGCUGGCACUAGAUGAGCUGGGCCGAGUACCAGUGUCCUCACAGCACCUACAGAAGCACAAAGAGCUCAUCGAGACACUCAGCAAGAUCCGACGGUUCAAUGAGAGCGAGGUGAUCAUGCAGAAGGCGUCGAUGCUCUAUCACAAGUUCAAGAGCGUCUACCUGAGCGGGGACGGGGACCUGUCUCCAGACUUCAUGAACACGCUGCAGCAGGAACGCGAACGGGAAGAGAGCGAACGAGUGAAGAAGGAAGAGAAGAGGGAGGAGGAAGAGAAGAAGAAAAGCAGCAACGGAGGAGAGGAAAGGAGUGUAAUAGACAAAACAGAAACUGGACAGAGCACAGUGGUGUGAAUUGCCAUGGAGGCGCAGUGGAGUUGUUUUAUCGUCUUUUACAUAUUGUGUUUUGUUUUUGUUUUUUAAUAUAUUUUUAUAAGCCUGAAAAAAUGUGCUGUAGGAGGAUGUUGCGAGACUUGACAGCAGUGGACCGUCCAGUCAAACCCUCAAACCCCUAUACACACACGGUAGCCCACACACACACACACACACACACACACACACACACACACACACACACACACACACACACACACACGGUAGCCAUUACACAAACACACAUGUUGAAAUACAUAUACACAUUAAUUUAUUUAAAUGCUGCUAUUGCUUUUGACUCUGUAUCAUUAAUUAUUCUAUUUUUACACUUGUUUUGCACUGUGUUUGUUUUUUUUGUGUGAGCAUAGGGGGAGAAUGUGAAGAGAGAAUGAGAGGGUGAAUGAAUAAUGACUGAGAGAGAGAAAGAAAUUGAAAUUGAAUUGAAACAGAUCGAAACAGUGCUGAUGACAUUUUUACUACACAAAAACACUGGCUGAUACAUGGACACAAAUACACACACACAGACACACACACACACACACACACACACACACACACACACACACACACACAAUACAUUAACUUAUUCUGCAAUGUGUAGAAAAUUCAUAGGUCAAAUAUGAGGUCGAGCAGCAAAUGAAUGAGUACGGUAUUUCCCACAAAACAUGUUUUAACAUAUUCUGUUCAGUGGGGUAUUCCUCGAAGUAGGUGUCACUUACCUGACUAUGUUAACUCAGAACAAGAGGUAAACUUGUAGAAGACCCAGUUGAUUUGGUGUCACUAGAAUAUUGACGGGUAUCGAAAAUGUAUACUGUUUUUAGGCCUUACCAGAACGGCGCCAGUGACUGUUUCCACACCAGUUAAAUUGGGAACUGAAGUGCUCGUCUACGAACCACCCGCUUUCAUAGCGGGCUCUGAACUUUUCAAUAUGUGACUGUGUGUUACCUGGAUGAACCUGCUGACGUCCACGUUGUCAAUCACAUAUUUUUCGGUUCCCAUUGCAAACCAACUUUCCGGAUCUCCAACACUCAGACUUGCUGCGUGAACACGCUUGCUGGUUCGAGAUCAGGUGCAGAAAGAGACAACGGCACGGUUGUCACUCGACCUGAACGCGCCAUCGUGUUCACACCACAGAUCUUAGCGUUUGUGAUUCAGAAAGUUGGUUCGCAAUGCGAACCGCUAAAUACUUGUUUUUUUCUCUGCGAACUGUGAUUACAACGUGGCCGUCUGCAGGUUCAUCCGGUUAACACAGUCACGUGCGGAAAAAGUUCAGAGUCCGAAAUGAACACGGACAAAUUAACAGAUAAGUACUUUAGUGCCGAACGUAACUGGCUCCGUUCUGUCGGCCUGAAAACCACCACAGAUUUGAACCCUUGGUGCCGUGUUUAGUCUUUUGGCACGGCCCAACCCUAAACAGGGCCAUCUUUGUGAGGUGUCCUGUAUGUUUGUCAUCAAUUUUGUUACACUGCCACCUACAGGAUAAUGUGCGCAUCGCCUUGUCAUCGGUUGAUGGCAGCGUUAUACCGACUGACGGCGACCUGACUCAAGCCAUUCGUUUCAAUACGAAGUAGUGGUCAACAUUGUAUUGAGUGUUCAUAUCUAUGUGUAAUGCAGCUUGUAUACACAUCAAUUAGCUGCACGGCAACACACAAAUCAUCCUGUAGGUGGCGUUAAAAUAACAUCUUUUUUUCUGAUGAUAUGAAAAUCUUAGUAAUCCCUUACACCCGGCAAGGCCCAAAGGUGGCCAUCCCAAAAGACUGAAUGCAACAUCUUGUGUUGGGUAGCAAUUGAUGACUGACCCAAAAAGUCCCUUCUACUGCAUAAGAAAAUUUGCCACUGCCUCUGAGUUAUCAUAGUUGGGGUAGUCACUAUACUAACUACUUGGUAUAAACUUCAAGUUCACCCUUGUAAGCUUCUGAACACCAGUUCGAACGGUUGUGUUGGAUGUAACUAAUGGGUCAAAGCAGAACACAAAUAUCCCACACACCAUCUAAUACACUUGUCUUUUUUUUGUUGCUCACAACCUUUUGGGCGUUCAGAUCUGUGGAAAACUCACCUUACGAAGGCCUGAAUGACUGAAACAUUGUGGGCAUUAAAACUGUAAGUGUAAUGGACAAUGUGUGCAUUUGUCGACUACUAAACAUUUCAAGUACACAUACCUGAGUUCAAGCUCAACAAGUUGUGUCUGAUACCCUACACAAGUUACUUAACAGGAUCAGUGGAAGUAUUAGGUUCAACUAGCCUACUACAGUAGUUAAAUAAACACUCCGUCAUCAUAGCAAACUCGUAUCACAGUUUUGCUAUACUUGCUUUCGUCUUUUAAGGUUUAUUUGUUUGUUAUUUGUAUAGACUCUGUUUUUUUUCUGUGAGCAUUAACUAGCACAUCAACCUUUUUUCAAAUAAAGAGAAAACAUGAAACUG